AUGGCCAAGAAACUUAACCCCACUCAGUUCACCAAAGCGGUCGUCCGCUCAUUCAUGAAAGACUCGGGUCUUGAGCCAACACUCCUCGGAAAGCAUAACCGACUUCAGACUAUCCACGGCGGCACCCUCGCCAGUCUCGUUGAUCUCGGUGGUUCACUCGCAGUAGCUUCAACAGGCCGCUUCUCCACAGGUGUCUCAACUGACUUGAACGUGACCUAUCUGAGUCCCGGAGGCUGCCCUGGUGAUCUUCUCAAAGGAACUGCUAUUCUGGACAAGAUCGGAAAGACACUUGCUUAUACACAGGUGACUUUUACCAAUAGCAAGGGACAGCUUGCUGCGCGGGGAAGCCAUACCAAAUAUGUCGCCGGCACAAUGGGCGAGGCCGGGCCUUUCGUUGCACCUGCAGAGUUUUCGGAUGUUGACUAG